UUCUAUGUAGGUUCAGAUGCGUGAGAAGGAAAGAGUUAUAACUAUCCGGUGGCGUUUGGCAAGUGGAGAAGUUACUCCCAGCAGUUGAGUCUUUGUCCAAGCUAAGCUAGGAUUUUCUGUCUUACUUUAAAAAUGAACACUUUAAUCAGGACAACUGCUCGGUGUUUCCGAGGUGGAGCGGUGCUAUUUAAUAAGCCUCAAGUUGACAGACAUCUGCCGUGUGCUUCGGCCCGACUCUUGUGCUCGGCAGAUAUACAGAAGAAUCUUGCCGAAAUGGUGAAGAAGGAUAAAGUGGUUGUGUUCAUAAAAGGGACGCCCGCUCAGCCAAUGUGCGGGUUUAGUAAUGCCGUUGUCCAGAUUUUGCGGAUGCACGGAGUUGACGACUACGCUUCGUAUAAUGUAUUGGAUGACCAAGACAUCAGACAAGGUGUGAAAACAUUCUCCAAUUGGCCCACGAUUCCACAAGUGUUCUUCAACGGGGAGUUUGUGGGUGGCUGUGACAUUCUGCUGCAGAUGCACCAGAGCGGUGAUCUGGUGGAUGAGCUCAAUAAACUGGGUAUAAGAUCUGCUCUCUUGGAUGCAGAGCAAGAGUCCAAGUAGACAAGCUGUUGAGUGACAGAGUUUGGAAGUUGGUAAAGGAUUCACCAGGCCAGGUGUUGGAGGAAGUUGGUUGACGUGACCUGUUUGGAGACUUACUUUGGUGGGGAUGAGACUACCCAAAAAGAUACACACACUGUCCAAAUCCUAUAUAUAGGAACACGUCAGAUCAUCAUCACAUUUCUUUUUGCUCCGUAUUUGAUUUUAUGUGGUCAAAAGAACUUAACUCAUGUAGUGCACUGUGUAUAUACGUGUUGUAUAUUAAGAUGUAAUGAUAUUUAAUUUAGAGGCAUGUCAAAUCUUUGUCAAUAAAAUAUUUUAAAGUCUA